GGAACUGAGCAACCUCCUGGCAGUGGAGGCAGCUUCCUCCUUGUCUGUCACGUGGAGCUUGGCUCCCGUCCCUCACAGCCUUGGGUCACACAGCCCGUAGUGCCUGUUCAGAGAGGAGCCAGGAGCACAAAGCCAACAUGGGCUUGGGGGCCAACAUGCUGAGAGCCGUCCUCCUCCUCCUGGAUGUUGGAGGAGCUCCAGUGUUAGCAACGGGCAAGUCUGCUGGGGCGGAAAUCGACAUCAAGUACGCCAUCAUCGGGACGGCUCUGGGCGUCGUCAUAUCAGCUGUCUUCCUGGUCCUGAAGAUCUGCAUGAUCAGGAAACAUUUGUUUGAUAUCUACUCCUCGGACUUGAGAAGCACAAACCCAGGCUUCAACGACACCAUCACACUAAAGAAGAGAGUCCCAAGGAGCCAAUGCUUCACACGAAGAUCUGCAGAGAAAAGGUUGGAGAGAGUGGUGGUUUCACUCAAGGUCUUACAUGGAUGUUUUAAUGAACAUCCGAUUCUCCUGUUUUGCAGGUCAAACCUCAAUUUCUCCAAAAGAGAUGAACAAGUGAUUGAGCUCUGAAUGAGUGGACUCUUCAGGAGAGGUUGGGCAGUCUGGACAGUUUCAGUCUCAGGGAUGUCAUGAAUUUGAGCUUCCAAAGCUGGUGAUGGACCUUCAUGUGGAACUCAAUGCCCAGGGCAAGUAAGAGAUGGAAUAGAGUUUACAGUGUUUCUGUCCUGAAGGAAAAUAUCAGUCCUCUUCCAUGAGAAGCUGACUGCAUAGAGGGAGGCAUGAGCACUUUAUCCAGCAGUAAGAAAAGAUGGAAACCAAUAAACCCACACUGUCUAUCCUGGUCCUCCAUGAUGGAGCUGUUCAUGAUUCUAUGAUAACACUGUGUCCAUAUCAAUGGAACCUACCCAUAGCAAAUGGCUCAUGGCCAUGGGGACCAACGUCAGAGCACAACCUCCUUAGCACCACCGUUUAUCAACAGGUAAGCAUCAUUUUCUAGAAUUGAUGGCCUCACCUUCUCCGUUGCCAUAAGAAUCCCCCUGCGAAUAUUCAGGGUCCUUGAGACAUGAAGACCAUGGAGUAGUCUCCGGUCUCACGAAUGAAAGACUGACCUUCCACGGGAAGAAAUGGAGGGCUGGGCCGGAGUGAGAGGAAGGGGUCUCAAUGGCCAUGGAAUGGCCUGCAGCUCUGCAAAUGAUGGAGCCAACAAAGGAUUAAAUGAAAAAGCCAAUGGUGCACUUUAUAGGGACCUACACAGAUGUAAGGGAUUAUUGUUAUGCUUAUAGCAUUAUUUUGUGGUUAUUAGUACAAAUGUGAAUGGCUUUUGCCUGGAGGACAUGAUUAGCAGAGGCUUAGGAAACCCCCAUCUUCUUAUUAUUGCCAUUAACGUAAGGCUGUGUGGCACAAGCCCCGUUAACAUUUCUCUCCCCCAUACUAUUAACCCUGUAGUUCUGGGGCUGCAUUAUGGAAUACUCUUUGCCUUUCCAGUUCAACAGAAAUCCAGGUGGUUGCGUGGGCUGGUUCUCCUCGGAUUGGGUUACUCUCCUUGUGUGUGAUGAAAGAGAGCAAUAUUUCAAAACAAAGUGCUGUGUUAUAAUAAUUUGCCUGGAUUCCCAGGGCGUCUUUUAUCUGACUUGAUAAUAACGUAGUUCAUUAGCAGGCUUUGUUAGCUGAUAACCUAAAGCAGUAACAUGAUACUCAUAAGGAAUUUUCUGUGUGUAAGAUAGAAUAAACCAUCUUGUAAGGUA